GAAAAUAUUCAGUGGUAUGUGCGCGCCACGUCAUCCGCAGAUGUGGCGCGCACGUUCCACUCAGCUUUCGACACCUGUCGUGUGGGACCCGCUGGAAAAUGAAAGGAUCCGCUCAGCUCGGAUCGGCUCGGCUCGGCUCGUUGGCAGAAACAAUGUCAGGAGAACAAACAGAGAAGGACCGUCUGUUUCCUUCUCCGCGCAUCCGGUUCCGGCUCCGCCUCUGCCUCCCAAAAGCCUCGCCGGUCGUCGCCUCCUUCAAGAGCCUCGCCAGUCGCAGUUGGGUCCUCACCUCCUCCGCCUCCGGCUGUUCCAAACGUGGAGAUCGAGCACAAGGUUUGUGCUCGCGUUGGUUACUCGGCAACUUUUGGACCUCCGACGAACGCGUCAUCAGCUCCGACUCCGAGUAGCCCGAGGUCUUUGGACUCUAUGUCCUCGAGGUCGACGGUCGGGACGUGAGGGCCUCGUGCUUCUUCUGCUCCCCGCCUCCCAAAAGCAUCGCCGGUCAUCUGCCGCUGACACAUUGCCCCCUGAGAGCCCCGCUGAUUGCAGCUGGUUCCCGAGCCCCCUCUGCCUCUGCCUCCGCCUUCGACUAUUUUCAACGCGGAGAUCGAGCACAGGAGGAGAAGAGAAGAGAAGGACAAAACCACCCCCUUCCCUCCCCUCCCGUCUCCUAAACUCCUCUCGUGGUUCCGGACAGCUUCAUCGAUGCCUUCGAUAGUUGUGCCCGAUUCAGCUCAACCCCGGAGAACUCCAGAAGCAAGAGCAAAGAGAAGAAGAUGAAGGCGAAGGUCCAGCUCGAGGCCGAUGGCGGUCGCGUCUUCGGCGGAGUCGGACAAGAAGCACAAGAAGGAAAAGAAGAGCGGCAGUAAAGGCUCCGAAUCCAAGCAGCCGAAGCUCCCGGAGCAUCAGGGGAUGCGAAGAAGGAGAAGAAGAGGAAGGCGCUGGAGUUGCGCAAGGACGACGAGGAAGACGAGCGAGACCAGCUCCGAGUUGGUUGACCCCGAGAACUUGAAGGGGAAGAAGAAGAAAAAGAAGAAGGCGAGGUUGAGGGGCGGCGAUAAUAAGGUGGCUCAGGAGGAGAAACCCAACGCUGUGUUGAAUUUCAGGAUCUUGGACAGCUUGAGGUUGAAGUUGAAGGACAAUGGUAUCGAGGCGCUGUUUCCCAUUCAGAGCAUGACGUUUGAUAUCGUCCACGAUGGGACUGAUUUGGUCGGCCGUGCCUGCACUGGUCAGCUUUUGUCUUGCCCAUUUUGGAAUCUCUGACGAAUGGGCCUGCAAAACCUCAAGGAAG